AUGGCGGACCAAGACGAGAUCCGUGGAAACUCGGUCUAUCAGGUUGAACAACCUGUUGCCGAGACACCCUCACCAGUUGAGAAGCCUGUUGCUGCAAAGAAGCAGAAGAAGACGGGUUUCAUGGCCAAAAUUGCGAGGAUGCUGAACCAAGACAUCCGCGAGGAGAUGCCUGCAUACAAAGAUAUCGAAAUCCACACCUGGGAUGGGCCCGACGACCCCGAUAACCCAUUCAAUUGGAGCCUCAAAUACAAAUGGCUGUUAACUCUCACUGUAUGCUUCAUCUCUAUCUUGACCGGUCUCCCUGCAGGUACCUACGGCUCCGGGAACGAUUGGAUGGAGAAGGAAUUUCACGUCCAGAAUGAUCCUUUCCCAAACCUCUACUGGGCCACCACCUCCUGGAACAUGGGCGCCGCCUUCUGGCCAUUGAUUUUCGUUCCUUUGACUGAAGCCUCCGGCCGCAUGCCAGGAUACUUUGUUGCAUAUAUUAUCCUCGUGAUCUCCCUCUUCCCGUCCGCAUUCGCAAAGAACUUCGCAACUCUUGUCGUGACAAGGUUCUUUGGUGGCGGUGCAUCUUCCGUCUCGAUCAAUAUCGUCGGUGGCAGUAUCUCCGAUGUGUGGCUCGGCGACCACGCUCGCAGUCUUCCAAUGUCCAUCUUUGGAUUUACGAGUGUUGUGGGUAUUGCACUUGGUCCGUUCAUUGGGUCUGCUAUUGUGCAGAUUCACAGAUCCCAGCCGUGGCGUUGGAUCUUCUAUGUCCAAAUCAUCUACAACGCAGCCUUGAUCCCGGUGUUUUGGUUAAUCCUCCGUGAAACUCGCCCGGACGUGAUUCUCAAGAGGCGCGCACGCAAGAUCCGUAAAGAGACCAACCGCCCAGUCUACGCCGCCUCCGAAAUCGACGCACCAAGCAAAAUGCGCCUGCUCAAGAUCUCUUUCCAACGCCCGACCAACAUGCUCCUCACCGAGCCGGUCGUGAUCUUCUUCACUUUAUGGAUUAGCUUUGCGUGGGGAAUUCUAUACCUCUUCUUCUCCAGCGUCGUGCAAACCUACUCAACGAACUACGGCUGGGGCACCUUAUCGACAGGCCUAGUCCAGCUCGCCAUCUCCGUCGGCGCAAUCAUCGGAACAGCCAUCAACCCGCUGCAGGACUGGUUCUAUCUCCGCUCUGAGCGACGCAACACGGAGAGACCCGGUAAACCCAUUCCCGAGGCCAGACUGUACACAUCUAUUCCGGGCAGUCUACUCUUUGCCGGCGGAUUGUUCUGGUAUGGCUGGGCUAGUCAGCCAGAUGUUCACUGGAUCGUGCCGACUAUUGGUAUCACAGCGGCGGGCAUUGGCAUUUAUUCAAUUUACAUGGCCGUUGUCAAUUAUCUGACUGACGCUUAUGAGCGGUAUGCAGCAUCGGCUUUGUCGGCUGCUUCACUUGGAAGAAAUGCUUUUGGCGCGUUUUUGCCGCUUGCUUCGCCGCAGUUGUUUAGUAAUCUUGGGUUUGGAUGGGCUGGAAGUUUGCUGGGGUUCAUCGGAGUUGCAUUGUCUGUUGUUCCUGUUGUUUUGGUUUGGAAGGGAAAGCAGAUUCGGGAGAGGAGUACGUUUAUGAGGGAGGCUAUGUGGGAGCCGGAGGAGAAGGUUGAGAUUGAUCGCACCGGGAAGGGCGAUAUGGGGCAUGCUGAGGGCAUUGCGUGA